GGGCGGUGUUAAUAACUCAGUAUCGGAAGCCAUAUAAAAUCGUUCAAGUCUCUGUUUUGCUAGGGUUUUCUCUCGUUUCUCUAUAAAAUAUGUCUACUUAAAUUAUCAUCGAUUUUGGUGGAAUUGCAGCUUGCUUCAGCAAAAAAACAAAUUGAAGAACAGACGAAGCCGGAACCCUAAUACAAUUUUGCUCUCGAAGAACGAAUUACACAAACGCAAGUAGAUGAACAUGUUGACAACUAUGCUGGAUUCUCUGAUAAUCAUACCCGGUUUGCUGGUCAUGAGGAGGAAAUUGAUCGGAAGUUAAUGGAAGCCUUCUUCUUCAGGGAUGCUCUUCCACAUUACAAAUUGGCUGACAUUAUAUCUGGGGGAAGAAAUACAUUUUAGGAAAAGAAGAAGGCGAGCAAUUUCAGUGACUAAAAACAAGCGAUUGCAGAAAAAUUAUUGAGGGAUCGUUGAAGUCAAAAUCAGUAUGACAUCUUCAAAAGCAAGAAAAUCUUCAAUUGAGAUAAACUUCAAUGGCAUGUUUGUGACGAGUCCAUUUGCUUAUGAAGGAGGUGAAAUCAAAGCACUUGACAAUCUUGAUUUCACAAGCAUGGAAUACUCUGAGUUUUCUGAUUUCUUGAAGAAGGAAACAGAUGCAGACUGCUCAGGUAUAUAUUAUGUUAUUCCUGGCAAGGAAUUGCAUAAUGGAUUAAGGCUUAUAAAAAGUGAUUCGGAUUUCAAAAUUUUUGUUGAUUAUGGACAUAGAAGUAAGCGUAGAAUAGCAUUAUACCUUGAGCAUUUCGAUGAAGAUUUGACAGAGUACCUUGAGGGGGUUGAAGAUGUAGUAAACCACAAGGUGGAUGAGAGUGAAAAUGAAACAGACAGUAUGAGUGAUGAUGAUGAUGAUGAUGAUGUCGAUGAUGAUGAUGAUGAUGAUGAUGAGGAUGAUGAGAGUGAAGACACUGCUUCCAUAGAUCAUUUGUCAGCAGAUGAAGUAGAACUCAGUGAACUUAGAAAGAAGAAAAGAGCACGUACCAUCGAACCAAUCAUAUUUGGUUCAGGGCGAAAUAGUCUUUUUGAUGCUGAUGUUGAUGAACUGUCGAAAGAAGAUACUAUGGUAAUCGAACAUGAAAGCUUUUUGAAUGAGCUUUCAAUGUCUUUACAAAAACAGACACAUAAUAACAUCAAGAAUGAUGGAGUAAAGUAUCCUAGACAUAAUCCUAGGAUAUAUUGGAAACUGAUGAAACCUAUACUUGGUGAGAGAUAUGAAAGUCCCCAACAACUGAAAGAAUGUAUCACCAAUUAUGCAGUUGCCAAUGGUUAUCAGAUUUGGUUUGAAAGAAAUGAUCACAUGAGACUUCUUGCAAGAUGUUCCAAAAGAGCACAUGAUGAUGAAACAAAAUGCCCUUGGAGACUAUGGGCUACAUGGAUGGGAAAUGAGAAAUCUUUUCAGGUAAAGUCACUUGUAGAUGAGCAUAAAUGUGCAAGACACUUCAAAUCAGCUUCCCUUGUGAAUUACAAAUGGAUUGCAAACAAAUUUGCAUCCAAAAUAACACAAGAUCCUGAAAUCAAGCUAGUUGAUUUACAAGCUGCUGUGUUGAAAAAAUACAAGUGUCAAGUGAGUAUAAGAUUAUGUCAUAAAGCAAGAGCAUAUGCAUUAAGUGAAUAUGAGCAAGGUGGAAAACUACAUUAUGGUAAAUUAUGGGAGUAUGCUGAAGAGAUUAAGAGAAGUAACCCUGGUAGCACAGUCAAGAUGAAUGUAAAAGUCAACCCUGAUGAUGGGAAGACUUAUUUUCAAGGUUUCUAUGUGUGUUUUCAAGGUUUGAAAGAAGGGUGGAAGCAUGGGUGUAGAAGAGUGUUGGGAUUGGGUGAAUGCUGUUUAAAAAGUGUUUAUAAAGGUGUAUUGUUAUCUGCUGUAGGUAGGGAUGCAAAUAACCAGAUAUAUCCAGUAGCAUGGGCUGUAGUUAAUGUUGAAAAUAAAGAGAAUUGGAGUUGGUUUCUUAAAUUGAUUAAAAAAGACCUCAAUCUUGAUGAUGGGACAGGUGUCACUCUUAUAUCUAACGAACACAUGGGAGUAAUUGAAGCAGUGAAUGAUGUGUUGCCACAAGCAGAACACAGACAAUGUGCCAGACAUAUUUAUGAUGAUUUUACCGAAAAGUUUACUGGAGGGCAGUUUCGGCGUCUUUUUUGGGAGGCUUGCAAAGCUUCAUAUCCUCAACAAUUUGAUAAGGUAAUGGAAGAGAUCAGAGUGGAAAAUCCUGAUGCAUAUCAAUACUUAAUGGAUAAAGACCCCUCUACAUGGUCAAGGGUCUUCUUUCAAACUAAUGUAGGGUGUGAUGCUGUUGAAAACGGGAUUAGUGAGUGUUUUAACUCACUAAUCUUUGAUUUAAGGAGAAAACCCAUUGUCACCCUACUUGAAUCCAUCAGAGUCAUAGUAAUGGAUAGAAUGUCAAAAAUGAGAGUUGAAGCUGAAAACUGGGAUGAUGAUAUUUGUCCCACCAUUCGAAAGAAACUUGAACACACAAAAGAGUUAGAAAGGUUUUGGCGUGUGAUACCAUGUGGUGGAUCUUUGUUUGAGGUAAAACAUGGAGCUGAUAUUUUCAUGGUGGAUGAAAUUGGGAAAACAUGUAGUUGCAGGACAUGGCAAUUGUCAGGUUUACCUUGUCCUCAUGCGAUUGCUGCUAUAUUCUACAUCAACAAGCUUCCGGAAACUUAUGUUUCAGAUUGGUUCCGGAUGAAGAUGUGGAAUGAGGCGUACAGUCAUCAUGUGAAGCCAUUGAAUGGAAUCAAAAUGUGGCCUGAAACAAAGGGGGUUACCCCUUUAGCACAAAAGCCAGCUGUAAACACGCCUAAAAAAAGAGGGAAGUUGAGAAAAAGGAAAAGGGAUGCAAUGGAAGUGUAUGUGUCUAGUGGAAGUGGGGCCAUGGUGGCACAUGUGUCUGGUGGUGGUGUGGUGGUGCAUAGUUCUGGUGGAGGGACAGUGGAUAGGGAAGGAAGAAGGAUGACUUGUAAGAAGUGUUUACAGGUGGGGCAUAAUGUGAGAUCAUGUAAGAAUGAAAAGAGGGAUUCACCAAGAAAGGAGGCUAGACAGGCUGGAAGGAAGAAGGUGAUUAUUGUUAGUGAGGGGGGAGGUGGAGGACGUACAGGUGGCAGAGGUGGAAGAAGGGGGAGAGGAGGUGGGAGAAAGGGUUUGUUUGGAUCAGAUCAUAUUACGGAAGAUGAUGUGAUAGGGUGUGGUGAUGACAUUCCUCUUGCUGUAUGGCCACCGCUUGGAGUACCACUUCUUUUGGACAAACAACAUGUGGAGGUUGCAAAACAAGAAGAAACUGGAAUGGAAUUGACAUUAGAAAAUCAAGAGGAAAGUGGAAUGGAAUUGACAUCACAAAAUAAAGGAGUAGAAGUCAGAGACAAAGAGGCUAGCACAAAUAAAGAUGAAGGGCCUAUCUCACAUGGUGUUGAAGACCCUAUCCCCAUUAAGGUUGAAGGCUCUCCUCCUCCUAUACCACAUGAAGAAGAUAAAGGGCCUAUUCCAAUUCAAGUUGAAGACCCUAUCCCACAUAAAGAUCAAGAUACUCCCUCAAAUAAAGAUCAAGAGCCUAUCCAAAUUAAAGAACAAGACCCCUCUAUCAUAAGUGAAGAUCAAGGGCCUAUUCCAAUUGAGGUUGAGGACCCUGAAGAUCAAGAACCUAUCCCAACUAAAGAACAAGAACCCUCUAUCAUACAUGAAGAUCAAGGGCCUAUUCCAAUUGAGGUUGAAGUUGAGGACCCUAUAUCACAUGAAGAUCACGAAUCUAUCCCAACUAAAGAUCAAAAGCCUAUUUCAAAUGGAGAACAUGAACAUCAAGAGUUUAUACCAAAUGAAGCUAAAGAGUCUAUCCCAAGUAGAAAUGAAGAUAAAAAACCCAUCCUAGAUAAAGUUCAAGAGCCCAUGGCAAAUGAAGAUGAAAAGCCCAUUCCAGAUGAAGGUCAGGAGCCUACUCCACAUGAAGAUAAAGAGUCUAUUCCUAUUCUACCCCAGAAAGAAAUGAGAUCACAAGUUUCAACAAGUGAAAGGAUAGUUAAGAACAGGUUGAGGAAUGGUAGUGUGGAGAAAGAUGGGGAAGGAAGCAGCAGUAUGGAGAAAGCAAAAGCAGUGAUGUUAGAUAAUUAAAAGUUUUAGGAUGUUAUUUUUUUUUAUUUUUGUUUAAAUAGGGGUUUUUGUUUUUUCUGAUCAUGUGAACAUGUUUGGUUGGUUGGUGGGGUGGGUGCCUUUGAAUUGCUAUUGUGGUUGUGGUGCCUUUUGAACAUAUGUGUAUGGGACUUGGGACUUUUAUUGCA